GUGAGCUAAACAUGUACGAGAAGAUCGUGAUAGGUACGGGGGCGGGGUGUCUGGGACUACUCACAUUCGGACUACUUCUGAUCUGCUGCUGCUCCUAUAUACACAACCAAAACCAGAAAAGAAAAGCAGCGAAUCAGAGAUCUUAUUCACAGUUUGAUCCGCCCCAGAAAGAUCAUCAGUACAGUAAUGACUACAUCAGACAGAGCGGUCCCUACGCCGACAGGAUAUCUCCUGGGGACGGGUAUAAGAGACCACAAGGUGUUAUAGAUGAUCCGGGUAGUUAUCACGUGUACACCGGAAGGAAGGGAGAGACUGACGGGAAGUCAGCAUAUCACUAUGAAAACCGAGCUUUCGAAUCUCAGGAUCAGAGUUAUAACAGUUUACAUCGGAAAGAUCCGCCAUAUUGGUAAAUAAACAAUGUC